AUGCUCAUGAGGAAAGUGCCCGGUUUCGCCCCGGCCUCUGCUUGGGGGCUGCGGCUGCCGCAAAAGUUCCUCUUCCUUCUCUUCCUCUCUGGCCUGGUCACCCUGUGUUUUGGGGCCCUUUUCCUGCUGCCCCACUCCUCUCGCCUCAAGCGCCUCUUCCUGGCCCCCCGGACCCAACAACCCGGCUUGGAGGUUGUGGCCGAUGUCGGUGGCCACCCUCUGGUCCGAGAGCAGGAGCCGGCUCCCAACCCAGCCCCAGCUGCGCUGACCUCCGGUGAGAACAACCCUUACAAUCUGGCCGAUCACCUCCGCAGAAAAGGGUGGCCGCGUCGCACCCGCCCCACGGGGCUCCGGGAGGAGGCCACAGCGGCUCGGGUCAGUAGCAUCGCAGCCCUCAGACCCCAAGAAAGGAACCUCCCUUUUCGCUUUGACUUCAAUGCGUUCCGGAGUCGUCUCCGUCACCCGGUGCUGGGGAGGAGACCCGAAGAGAGUAAGGAGCCUCAGAGCCUAGUGCGAGCCCAACGAGAGAAAGUUAAGGAGAUGAUGCAGUUUGCCUGGCAAAGCUACAAGCGUUAUGCAAUGGGGAAAAACGAGCUCCGUCCACUAACGAAGGAUGGCUAUGAAGGAAGCAUGUUCGGAGGGCUCAGUGGGGCCACCAUCAUUGAUGCCCUCGACACCCUCUACCUCAUGGAGCUGAAGGAGGAGUUCCAGGAGGCCAAGGCCUGGGUUGAAGAGAGCUUCCACCUGAAUGUGAGUGGAGAGGCAUCCUUGUUUGAGGUGAACAUCCGCUAUAUAGGAGGACUCCUCUCAGCCUUCUACCUGACAGGAGAAGAGGUGUUCCGAAUAAAGGCCAUACGCCUUGGCGAAAAACUCCUGCCUGCCUUCAACACCCCCACAGGAAUCCCAAAGGGCGUUGUGAACUUCAAAAGCGGCUCCAACGGAAGCUGGGGCUGGGCCACAGCAGGGAGCAGCAGCAUCCUGGCAGAGUUUGGAUCCCUGCAUUUGGAGUUCUUACACCUCACUGAGCUCUCUGGCAACCAGGUCUUCGCCGAAAAGGUCAGGAACAUCCGAAAGGUCCUCAGGAAGAUUGAGAAGCCCUUUGGCCUCUACCCCAACUUCCUCAGCCCAGUGAGCGGAAACUGGGUACAACAUCACGUCUCAAUUGGAGGACUCGGGGACAGUUUUUAUGAAUAUUUGAUCAAAUCCUGGCUGAUGUCGGGCAAGACAGAUAUGGAGGCUAAAAAUAUGUACUACGAAGCCUUGGAGGCAAUAGAGACCUACUUGCUGAAUGUCUCUCCCGGGGGGCUGACCUACAUUGCUGAGUGGCGAGGGGGGAUUCUGGACCAUAAGAUGGGCCACCUGGCCUGUUUCUCAGGGGGCAUGAUCUCCCUCGGCGCUGAGGAUGCCAAGGAAGAAAAGAGGGCCCACUACCGAGAACUUGCAGCCCAGAUCACCAAGACGUGCCAUGAGUCAUACGCCCGCUCAGAUACCAAGCUCGGGCCCGAGGCCUUCUGGUUCAACUCUGGCAGAGAGGCAGUGGCCACCCAGCUGAGUGAGAGCUACUACAUCCUGCGGCCUGAGGUGGUGGAGAGCUACAUGUACCUGUGGCGGCAGACCCACGACCCCAUCUACAGGGAGUGGGGCUGGGAAGUGGUGAUGGCCUUGGAGAAAUUCUGUCGGACGGAAGGAGGCUUUUCUGGGAUCCAAGAUGUCUACAGCAGCAUCCCCAACCAUGACAACAAGCAACAGAGUUUCUUCCUAGCAGAGACAUUGAAGUGA